GUUUCUUCUUUUCUCUAUCAUCCCGAACAUUUUUGUUCUGCGUUUCUCAUCGAUAGCGAUGACGUUCCAGUUCCGUAAUGGGGCGUUGUGAUUUCUACGCCUUAAAUCUUAUUGUCUUUAAUCUCAUUAAACUAGACGCCCGCUAUGAUAGCUUCAGUUGCGUUGUUCAGUCGACGAUUUCGUGUAUAAAUAGGUUCGUAUCUCACUUCUUCGAAUGGUGGUGAAGAUUCCGCCGGCAGUCGAAAGCUCCUGGAAAGAUGUCUCCGGCGGAGGCUGCGGUUUCGCAAUGGCUACCUCAGAAUCCGGGAAGCUGAUCACAUGCGGCUCGACGGAUGAUCUAGGUCAAAUCUAUGUCACAUCAGGAAAGCACUGUGAGACUCCCGAGCCGUUUCCUCUGCCUCCGGAGGUUUGUGUACAGAAAGCUGAAGCUGGAUGGGAUCAUUGUGUGGCGGUAACAGAGAGCCAUGAAGUUUAUACAUGGGGAUGGAAGGAAUGUAUACCAACUGGAAGAGUGUUUGGACAAGUGGAAGGAGAUUCGUGUGAAAUGAACACCUCAUUCUCUGCAGAGCAAGAAGUUUCAACGCAGGUUCUCAUCUUCCACCAGUGCAUCAUGUAAUGAUGUAACACUGUUGGGAUUGUAAGGUAGUCCAUGUUGAACACAUUUCCAUUCACUCUCUCUAAGUAAUUUAAACCAAUCUCAUUCCCAUACGUUAUAACAAGUUAUUGGGUGUGUGGGUAUUAAUGGUGAGAUGAACAAACUGACAAAGCCUUUCUACUGCUGCAGUUUCUCAAGCGAUGGUUGCAGAUACUAAUUCCCUUUCUUCUCUCUUUGUUGCUUUAUUAGAGACCUUAGUCCAUGUACUUAAACCUAUUUGACAUAUAAGACGCAUGGCUGGCAAACCAAAUAACCUUAACCUUUCAUGCCAAGCUCUCUAAGUUCAGACUUUUCAUCAAACCAUAAAUCAUUCACCCUAGCUCUGAUAUUAGAUUAGAACCAACGCCAAUUCCUACUUUUGAUGGACAGGUAGGUAAUGACAACUCGGGCAAUGAUAUGCCAGGUUCUGGAGCUGUUAAAAAACUUACACCACUGAUGGUGUAAAGUGUGAACAGUUGUGUCGCUCUGAACAUCGUUGGCAUCGGUACUAUUGCUAUUAUUACAUAGUAUAAGUUAGUGAAAACCAUGUAAUGGUUAAUCUUCAAGAGUAUAGGAGUUUUAAACACUGUUGUGGACUUUAGCUGAUGCUCUACUACCACUUUUUAAAAAGAAUCCUCUAGACAAAAGUAUUCUACCUCUUUCGGUCAUGCUAAUUAUUGCAUCUGAUUCUUUUUCCUUCUCGAUUUUUUGUACACAGCAAGGCAACUGCGUUUGUACGGCAACUACGUUUGCUCUUUUUUAGAAAUGUCCAUGGGAUCUCUGAUUUUCUACACAUA